AAAUGUGCUAAUCAGCCAAAAUUGGUACUAGAGAGUAAAGAGAGUGAUCAAAUGAGAGCUUCAAUUAAAGCUUAAUAGGAAGCUUCAAAUUCCCUCAAUUUCUUGUCUCCCUCGAAGUCCAAGUCCAAAGUCCAACAACACAUUUCCUGAAUUUUAUUUCCUUCCCUAACUCUCACUCUAAACUCUUGUCUUGUGGUCCAUGGCGCCGCAUAAGAAAUCGAAGAAGAGCAAAAGGGAGCUGAAAAAAUUGAAGAAACGCAAAAGUAUAAGCACUGUGGUUCCUCCUGUUGAGUCCAAACCCACUGAGUCUGACUGGUGGGACACUUUCUGGCGCAAGAAUUCUUCUUCAACCCCAGGUAGUUCGGUACCCAGUGAUGAAGCAGAAGGUUUCAAGCAUUUCUUCAGGGUUUCAAAAAAUACCUUUGAAUAUAUCUGUUCUCUUGUAAGAGAAGAUCUUAUAUCAAGGCCACCGUCAGGGCUUAUCAACAUCGAGGGAAGACUUCUUAGUGUUGAGAAACAGGUUGCAAUCGCCUUGAGAAGGCUGGCCUCUGGUGAGUCCCAAGUCUCCGUGGGAGCUUCAUUUGGGGUUGGCCAGUCCACAGUUUCUCAGGUGACUUGGAGAUUCAUUGAAGCACUAGAAGAACGUGCCAAACAUCAUCUCAAGUGGCCCGAUUCCAAUAGAAUGGAGGAAGUCAAGUCCAAAUUUGAAGUGUCUUUUGGGAUGCCUAAUUGUUGUGGAGCCAUUGAUGCAACACACAUCAUCAUGACCCUUCCCGCUGUACAGACCUCUGAUGAUUGGUGUGAUCCAGAGAAUAACUACAGCAUGCUAUUGCAGGGAAUUGUUGACCACGAAAUGAGAUUUCUUGAUAUUGUUACAGGUUGGCCUGGAGGCAUGACAGUUUCCAGGGUAUUGAAGUGUACUGGUUUUUCCAAACUCUGUGAGGGUGGAGAGCGUUUAAAUGGAAGUGUAAGAACUUUACUUGGAGGAGAGGACAUUAGGGAGUUUAUAGUUGGUGGAGUUGGCUACCCUCUUCUUCCAUGGCUCAUAACCCCCUAUGAUAGUAAUGGCCUCUCGGCUUCCAUGUCCACGUUCAAUGCCUUGCAUGAGGCCGCAAGGUUGCUUGCAGUGAGGGCAUUCUCACGGGUAAAGGGUAGUUGGAGAAUCCUUAACAAGGUUAUGUGGAGGCCAGAUAAGCGGAAACUGCCUAGCAUUAUCCUAGUAUGUUGUUUACUACACAAUAUUGUGAUUGACUGUGGAGAUAAUUUACUUCCAGAUGUUGCUUUGUCUGGUCAUCAUGACCCUGGAUAUGGAGAACAGUACUGUAAGCAAGUUGAUCCAUUGGGGAGGACUAUGAGAGACAACCUAGCCAAAUUCUUCCAUCAGGGCAAAGAAAAAGCUGUGUCAAAGUAAUCUAAUUCUAUUCUUUAUUUACAGCACUAAUACUGCUUUCUGUGUUGUUGUAGCCUAGAUUGAAGUUCAACCUCUUUAAACGGGUGUCAUGUGCAUUUUGUUGUUGAAAUUAAGAUUAUAAAAACAGUUUAUUCUUUGAAGUGCCAUUUGGUUUUCUAAACGUCAAGAUUUGGUUA